GACGCAGCCAGAGGAAGGAAGGCAAGGGCGCCGGGUGCUAGGGAGGCUGCAGCCCCAACCCAUCGCAGGCACCGUUGGGCGGCCAGUCUCCGGGGAUUUUGCCUCCACCACUCUGGGCACCUCCCACCUAAACAGAGGCUGAGGAGGAGGAUCCAGGUUCAAGAGAGAAGACGCUUGGAUCCAGAUUCUCUUCAAAGAGAGCUCCCUGAAGGGCAAGAAAGACUCUGGGAAGAAGACAACAGGUAAUUGUCAUAAAUACCUUUUGGAAUGACCAAUUCAUGCAGCAGAAGUCCACAUCAUUCAAAGGAUAUCGUAGCCAAGUCCAUGAACUAACAGAAAAGUGAAGACACUGAAAUUGAGAAAAAGAGGCCAUUUCUGUAGGAUUCCCCUGGCACACUUAGCCCUCUCCUCACCAGCCUCUUGCCUGGGUAGUCCUUGACCCUUGGCCUUGGGUAUACUUAUCCUGGCCGUGAAGGACCCCAUUGGGCAAGUCCUCUCCAACUCCAGCCAUGAACUUCCUCCGGCGCCGCCUCUCUGACAGCAGCUUCGUGGCCAACUUGCCCAACGGCUACAUGAUGGACCUGCAGCGUCCCAGCAGUUGUACCAGCUCCCCCGUUUCUCCAGCGAUGGAGAGAAGGCACCCACAGCCUCUGUCUGCCUCCUCCUCCUCUUCUGGCUCGGGCUUCUUCAGUUCCCUCUCUAGUGCCAUGAAGCAGAGCACACAUGCAGCCUCGGGGAUGAUGGAGCCUCAGGUGUCCCCUAUACCCAUCAUCCAGAAACCCAAGAUCCUGUUGGUGGUGGAUGAUGCACAUACGGACUGGGCCAAGUAUUUCUAUGGAAAGAAGGUGAAUGGAGAGGUUGAGAUUCGAGUGGAACAGGCUGAAUUCUCAGAGCUGAACCUGGCUGCCUAUGUCACUGGAGGCUGUAUGGUGGACAUGCAGGUCAUGAGGAACGGCACCAAAGUUGUAAGAUCCUUCAAACCCGACUUUGUCCUGGUUAGGCAGCACGCCUACAGCAUGACCCUAGCGGAGGAUUACCGCAGCCUAGUCAUCGGCCUCCAAUAUGGCGGACUUCCCAGCGUAAACUCCUUGUACUCCAUUUAUAACUUCUGCAGCAAGCCUUGGGUGUUCUCCCAGUUAAUUAAGAUCUUCAAUUCACUGGGCCCAGAGAAAUUUCCACUUGUAGAACAAACGUUUUUCCCUAAUCAUAAGCAAAUGCUCACAGCCCCAGCUUUUCCUGUGGUGGUCAAAAUGGGACAUGCUCAUGCUGGGAUGGGCAAGGUGAAAGUGGAAAACCAGUAUGAUUAUCAGGACAUCACCAGCAUCGUGGCUCUGGCCAAAACUUACGCCACCACAGAGAGCUUCAUCGACUCCAAGUAUGACAUACGGAUCCAGAAAAUUGGCACCAAUUACAAGGCCUACAUGAGGACGUCUAUCUCAGGAAACUGGAAAGCCAACACAGGCUCUGCCAUGCUGGAACAGGUGGCCAUGAGUGAGAAGUAUAAGCUGUGGGUGGACUCCUGUUCAGAGAUGUUUGGGGGCCUGGACAUCUGUGCCGUCAAAGCCGUCCACAGCAAAGACGGGAGAGAUUACAUCAUUGAGGUGAUGGACAGCUCCAUGCCUCUGAUCGGGGAACACGUGGAAGAGGACAAACAGCUGAUGGCAGAUCUCGUGGUCUCCAAAAUGAGCCAGCUCCUGGGAUCAGGGGAGGCAGCUCCCUUGCCCCUAAAACCCUGGCAGGUACAGCUGAAAGCCAUAAAACCUCACGGACAGAUGCAGCAGGGGCCUCAGCUUGGACAACCUGCCCAACCUCGUCCAUCCCCUCAAGGGGGCCCUCGACAAGCACAGCCUGCUCAGCCUCCACGAUCAGGGGGUCCUCCCCAGCAGAGGCUCUCCCCACAAGGCCAGCAGCCCCAGAGCCCCCAGUCUGGCUCACCACAGCAGCAGCGAUCUCCCGGCUCCCCCCAGCUGCCCAGAGCAGCCAGCAGCAGCUCCCCGAGCCAGGCUGCCAAACAGGGCACCUUUCCCACCUCACAGCCCCGGCACCCUGUGCAGGGCCGAGGACCUUCUCAGCAAGGACUUGUGGGAGAUUCCAAGCAGUCAGCGCCUCCCCAUCCCCAUCUCAACAAAUCCCAGUCCCUGACGAACAGCCUCAGCACCUCUGACUCAUCCCAGCGGGGCAACCCCAACGAGGAUGAAGCCAAGGCCGAGACCAUCCGCAACCUGAGGAAGUCCUUCGCCAGCCUCUUUUCUGAUUAACCCCACCCUGGUGGGGGGGGGGGGUCAGCGGGAGCGGGGUGGUGAGGCAGUCUUGCAAGUCCGCUCCCGCCCUUCGGUCUAGCACCCCGCCAUCACUCAUUCCCAUUCCUAUCAGCCCGUGGAUGACAGCAAUGCCCAGUGGUCCAUGCGCAGUCUGCGAAGAGUCCCUUGGGGGUAUCUUUGGGUGGCCUCUCUCUAAGCCAGAAAAUGAUUCUCUGUACUGUGUUCUAAUUUCACUUUUUAUGGUUGUCCUAAACUGUCCGACUGGGUCGCAGGGGGUGGCAAGUCGGGGAAAUAGCUGAAACGGAAUUUGUGCUUCAAUGGGAAGCCUGCCCUCCGACCCAAAGCACCCAUGUUAGUCUCUGUUUUGGGCUUCCACUCCUGGUUUGUGUUAGGCCUGCCUUGGGGAACACACCUCGGGCAUGUUCACCUCCAGCCACGAGUCUGACACUGUAGCCACACCUCAGCACUACACCAGGCAAUAAGGAUUCUGACAACAUACUGCAACAUUUUUUAAAAGGCUCCCAUACAUUAAAUUACCUACUAACGAGAGGCUUGCAAACUCUUCAGUCGUCCCCAAGCCAUUGCAUGCCCAGGCUUUAUUGAGUCUGCCUGGUGGCAACCCAGAGGAGAGAGGGAAGGAGGGGGCAAUGGAACCUCUGGGAUCCACCCCAAUUCCCUUUCCCAGAUUUAGAACUGGGACAGGGCCCUUGUGAUCACUGUAUCUCCCUGUCCCCUUUGUAUGGGUGAGGAUCCUGAGGCCCAGGGAAGGCAGCGGAGCUGAGAUGCAAAGCGCGGUCCUCUGGUUUAGGAACAGCCAUCUCUCCCUGGACCACUCGGCCUUCUCUCUGGGCCUCAGUGUCCUGACUUGUAGAAUGAAGGAAGGAGGUUGCACGUGAUCAUCUUCCAGGUCCAUUUCUGCUCUAAAUCUAUGCACCCACGAGAAGAAUGAAUGACCCAAAGAGGAUGUGUUGUUUCUAGACCUGCAGGUCUAGGCAGCCUUGGUCUCCUUCCAGUUUUGCUACUAAGGGGAAGAGGAAGGUCCCUUUGAGUAAAUAUUUUUAAGAACCUCUGUGCUUGCCUGGGGACGCACCCCCCUCCCUUGCAUUCUCAGAUCUUCCACCACAGGCCCUGGGUCCCCUUCCAGGAAUAGAUGGGUCCAAACCCAAGGAUUCCAGGAGCCCAGUGUCAUACACACAUGCACACCCCACCCGGGCCCAGAAACCAGCCUCCUGGCAAUGUUCUGGAUACCCAAGAGUCCUGGUGAGUAGAAAAGCAGAAAAAUGCACCAGACAAAGGUGGGCUUCUUGUUGCUGUUGCAGAGAAGGUUGGUUGUCGGUUCUUGAGCUUUGGGAAGCCCCUUAGAGGCCAUUCCUUUAUCAGCCACUCUCAGGCUUGAAAUUUUCAUUCCCUUGUAAGAUGCAACAGGGGCUGGUGCUCUAGAACAAGGCUUCGGGUCUGGACCCUGGCUCUUCUUCCACCGGUCACUUCCGAUGAGCAAUUUGCCGUCUUUGGGUCUUAGCAUCCUUCUCUGUAAAAUGAGGUGUUUGAGGGAAGGGGGUUUGGGGGUAUCCCCUUGUGGCCUCUUCUAGCUCUUAAUCUAUGAGCCUGAGUUUACCAGUGGGGUGGGAGAGGCCCCCAAAACCAGACAUUUCCCCUGUAGCUCAAGGGAAGCUGGAGGCUUGGCAUGCCCCCAAAAUCCAUCUCCAGGAGAGCCAGGUAGGAAAGACGCUCUUCCUGUUCUUCUAGGCCCGCCAUCUUGUCUUUCAAGGCCAAACCAACAGGGCGGAGAGCAGACCAGGGGUUAUUUUCCUCUGCAUACCCUGGCAACUGUUCUGUAGACCCAGAACAACUCAAGGCAGCCUUCAAAGAGCCAGGCCGUGCUCCGGCCUCCUUGCCAAAGGUGUGGCAUGGCCGGUGACCGGCUUGUUGGCUUUGGAGGACAGACUCUUGACUCGGUGUGGUUUGGUUGGAAGUUCCUCGGAGGCACAGCUGGUACUUUGGCCUCCCUCUCCACCUUCAACUCAGUAUCAGAAAUUGAGACACCAGGCCCCUUCCCUGCCCUUUGGCUAGAAUUGCUUCCCAUGUCUGCAGUUACUGGCAAUGAUCCUGCCAUAACACUAGUCCCGUUGGCACCUGAGUCUCAAACUUGUGAUGGAUGACACUCCCCAGCUUCUCUGGCUUUGGGUGGCAUCCGCUGAACCCAAACAAAAUAAAGUCUAGAUAAGGGGCUAUUGUCUAGUCUAAGGGAGGGGAAGACUCACCCCAAUACUUUUAUUUUUUGAGUCGCUUCUGGGAGAAUUCCUCCCCUCCCCUUAUUCAUUCUGUCCUUUCGGUAGGGAUACGAAGGUUUAGUCCCUGCCAGGACCUCUGGAGAGCACAUCAAAGGUCACACUUGUCCUACCAUGCCCCUUAUUUUUAGCUCCUGUUUUGCAACCAGUAGACACUCUCUGCCCACCAUGCCCUGGUAGGCAGGAGCUGGGUGACUUGGGGGUCCAUCUCUCAUUCCACAUUCUGCCCAGGGUUCCUCUUGGUGCAACAAUGCCCUCUAUUAAAAGGCCUGCCUGGAUUUUAGUGCUUCUGUUCCCAUGCAUUGGCUUAAUUAAACUUCAUUACCCAGGAGGUUAUUGUCUUUUAACUACUGAUGAUGGACCCUUUGCUUUUUCCCCACCUCCUCUCCCACUUUCCAAUCCAGUCAUCCCACUGCUCCUUAGAAUGAUGGGCAUGGGGAGGGCAAGGUCAAGAAGUGGUGCUCAAACCAAGAUGGUUAACUAUGGGGGGGGGAAUUUGGAGGAAGGAUGAAGUCACAUGUAGUGAACAGAAGACUGAAAUUUUAAAUCUCCCCAUGGAUGCAAACGAUUCCUCCCUCUCCCCAUAAGUAACUGAAUAGUCUAUACCAUAUCUGCUGCACCCAUGCUUUUCCAAACUAUCUUCUUUCCCUAGUAGAACUUGUCAUUCUCAAAGAAAAGCAAGGGAGAUAGACUUGCCUAUGAUACAACUGCAGUCCUCUGAGAAGUGAGGUGCUACUGGGUGGAGUGUUAAGGGCAUCUAAGGAGGUCUUUGCCAUCACAGACUAAGCCUUGGCAAUCAAAUGGAAGGUUGUUGCCUCUGGCAAUGGAGAAUCUGACACCCUGUUUCUUCUACCUGUCUCUCUUGGGGUAGGUGACCCUCCAAAUAAGAGACUUCUCUAUCCCUCAGGGGGUUCACACUUCCUGAGGAGUGUGAUGGGGAGUGGGGGGCAGCACCAAUGACCCUUCACUCACUCAUUCUGGCCAAUUUAUACACAAAAAAUACGGGAAGUUUCCAGGCAGCCUGAGAUGCUUUGUGUUAAUUAAGAUUGGUACAGGACAUGGUAUUACAAAAUUUUACACUAUGCUCAGAUGACCGAAAACAGAAAAUAGUGAGUGAUCCCCAAGAAUGCGGGAUGAGCCAAGAUUGGGUAAAUAAGAACUCACUUAAGAAGCUUCCUGAAGGCAUCACAAAACCCUCUUGGGGCUCUUAAAAGCUCAGACCGUACCUUGGCCCAACACUACUGCUGCCUGGCUCUCCCUAAGGGUAUAUCCCUAUCCCGGCUGCCAUUAACUGCUUUGUAAUGAUCUCAUAAAUGGGAGUCAUUUUUCCCUCGAGAAAUCCUAAACCCAGUUUGAAAACUGGAUUUUCAAAGCGAAAUUCAUUGGCAUUUUAGCCUAUAUAUGUCACUUGCUACCAUUCCCACACACACACACCUCCUUUCUGAAGCUAAUUUUUUUGUCUGUUUGUUUGU